CAUCCUCUAUGCGUCAACAGGCUCCUUUACGCAUUAUUUUAAAUUGAUUUGGAGUUGGGUUGCAUGUGAGGUCCAGCUCAGCUGGGCAGGGCUACCCGAAGCACCUUAAAAUAAACAGGCGAUAGUCGAUGACUCCGUCCGUGACAUAGCAUACGUCUGGAAGUUGGACGAGCUGCGUGCGUCAUGUGCUGCAGCUGCAGAACCGAUCAGGCUCUCAUUGUUCACACAAACUGAAAGACAACGAUUUCGCGCGCGGUGCGAGUUAUUUAAUUUGCAGGCUUUUACUCUGGCCUGAAUUCCAAAGAAAGAGCCGGUCCCCUCCCUUUCAUUUGUGUCUCUAUCCACUCAUCACCGAUCCAUCUAUCCAUCCGUCCUUCUGUCCCCCUCCUCCUCCCCUCGGGGCCGCUGGACGAAGUGAGAGGAGGCCGCGAGGAACGCUCAACCCUACUCCAAUCAGAGAGAGAGAGAGAGAGAGAGAGAGAGAGAGAGAGAGAGAAAGGACGCUCUGCCAGGACAUUUGGGCUUAUCAGUGCGGAUGAAGGUAGACUUUUCGGGGCGGGGAUGGUGAGGGACUUUUUCGGCACUGUUGCACCUCGAACAUCCAAACCAAGAUCAUGAGAGGGUGUAAGACGGCGGAGAAGCGGCCGUCAUACCCUUGUUUUUGACGACGCCGUCCGUGUGUCCCUUUCUCAGCUUCUGGAUGGCCGCGCAGGUGACGGAGAGAAGAUGAUGGUUGCAAUGAGGGAGGAUGUUAUUGAAUUCGUUUGAGACAAUUAUUUCAUCUUCAGCGCUUGACAACAAUGACACCGACAUUUCAAAGGAAAACGGUAUUUUCUUUCUCCUUUCUACUCGACAUUGUGCACUCUGAAAUAAGACGCAUUAAUAACAAAUGUCACAUUUGUCCUGGUCUCAAGGCUUGUUAGGUCGCACUGGUAAAACAACUGGAAGGUGUCGGGAGCCCCAUUAUUCCUACACACUGUGCCAAACAUUGCGGAUGUUUUUCAAAAUUAAAUAAAUAAUAGUACUAGCUUUUCCCUUGUCAAUUUUUUUUAAGUCUUCGGAAUCGCGACCGUUUCCAAAAUGAACGUCACUGACGGCCAUAGCUAUGGGCUGUUAACCGUUUUCCCAGAUUUAUUUUCGACAAACUGAUUUAUUGAGGCCUGUGUGAUUUAGAGUCGUUUAGAUUGCCAUUACAUGCUGUCAUGAGAGCAAAGACAUAAAUCGCUCACAAAGGUGCAGGAGGCUGUGGUGCGCUCUGAUACAGGCAUGAACCAUGGAGAACAUGAAACAUUCAUGUUAACUCGCUACAGUCGCCCCAUGAUUUCAUGUUGGGGGCGAAUCCUGCUUUAUACGGACAUAAGAACCGACUACGACUGAGACCCUACAGUGCAACCAGUCAGCCAACCGACCACACAUUUAAUUUCCUCACACCCACAAUUGGCCGUUGGCAGAGACGCAGAAGGAGACAGUAGCCUACAUGGGCGUCCUCGUCUGCUAAAACCAGCAUAGAACUGCUCGCCGGGUGCAGGUGUUCAGCGUAAGCUUACAAGACAACCCGUUGUGCAUAUGAGACGUUCUGAUCCAGAUGGGAUGUAAUGUUGUGUGGCUACACAGCUGAGCAUUGGUCUUCUUCUCCGCUGCUUCGUGAAGAUUGGCUUUCGGUGGUCAGAGAAUGGCGCGGUUCGGAGAUGAGGUACAGUCCAGGUAUGGCGGAGGGCCCGGCAGUGGGGGCCCGGGCGGCCGCGGUGGUAGCAGGCAAGGAGGACCACACGGACACGUCCACGGCCACGGGCAUGGCCACGGGCAUGGCCACGGUCCACCCGGAGGGCCCGGGACCCAGAGAAUGUACAAGCAGUCUAUGGCGCAGAGAGCCCGGACUAUGGCCCUCUAUAACCCCAUUCCCGUGCGCCAGAACUGUUUCACUGUCAACCGCUCGCUGUUCAUUUUCAGUGAGGAUAACUUCGUCAGAAAAUACGCCAAAAAGAUCACCGAAUGGCCUCCAUUUGAGUGGAUGAUUCUAGCCACCAUCAUUGCCAACUGCAUCGUCUUGGCUCUGGAACAACAUUUGCCUGAUGGGGACAAGACGCCGCUGUCUGAGCGCCUAGAUGAUACAGAGCCGUACUUCAUAGGGAUCUUCUGUUUUGAGUCUGGAAUAAAGAUCCUGGCACUUGGGUUCGCCUUCCACAAAAACUCCUACCUGAGGAAUGGAUGGAACGUCAUGGACUUUGUGGUGGUGCUCACAGGGAUCCUGUCCACUGUGGGUUCAGAUUUCGACCUGCGGACCCUCAGGGCUGUGCGUGUAUUAAGACCCCUCAAACUGGUGUCCGGUAUUCCUAGCUUACAGGUGGUGCUCAAAUCCAUCAUGAAGGCCAUGAUUCCUCUGCUGCAAAUUGGCCUGCUUCUUUUCUUUGCCAUCCUCAUGUUCGCCAUCAUCGGCCUGGAGUUCUACAUGGGCAAAUUCCACACAACCUGCUUUGACAAUCACACAGGUGAGAUUCGAGAAGAGUUUCCAUGUGGGACAGAGCCUCCGUCACGGCUGUGUCCAGAGGGUACCAUGUGUAGACAGUACUGGCUGGGACCAAAUUAUGGCAUCACCCAGUUUGACAACAUCCUGUUUGCUAUCCUCACCGUCUUCCAGUGUAUCACCAUGGAGGGCUGGACUGACCUGCUCUACUAUAGCAACGAUGCCUCAGGGAGUGCAUGGAACUGGAUGUACUUCAUCCCCCUCAUCAUCAUCGGCUCCUUCUUCAUGCUCAACCUGGUGCUGGGUGUACUGUCAGGGGAGUUUGCCAAAGAGAGAGAGCGUGUGGAGAACAGAAGUGAGUUCAUGAAGCUCAGAAGACAGCAGCAGAUUGAAAGGGAACUCAACGGUUAUCUGGAGUGGAUCUGUAAAGCUGAAGAGGUCAUCUUGGCAGAUGAUGACAAUGAAAAUGAUUAUGAUGGUUCUCGGAGAAGAGCCACAAAAAACCAUAAGAGUAAAGCUGAGCUGCUAAACCCAGAGGAUGGGGAGGGAGAUCUGUCAGUAGGGUCACCGUUUGCCCGUGCCAGCUUGAAGAGCUCAAAGCUCGAAGGAUCAGAUUUCAAGCGCCGGGAGCGACGGCUACGUUUCCUUAUCCGACACGUUGUUAAGUCCCAGGCCUUCUACUGGACCGUACUGUGUUUGGUGGGCCUUAACACUAUGUGUGUGGCUGUAGUGCACUAUGACCAGCCAGACCCGCUGUCGGAUUUUCUAUAUUUUGCUGAAUUAAUCUUCCUGGGGAUAUUCUUGACGGAGAUGUGCGUAAAGAUGUAUGGCCUGGGCAAGCAGGCCUACCUCAACUCCUCCUUCAACUGCUUCGACUGCAUUGUGAUAUGUGGUAGUAUAUUUGAAGUGCUGUGGUCCAUCAUCCAGCCGGGCACAUCAUUUGGCAUCAGUGUGCUACGAGCUCUCAGGUUAUUGAGGAUUUUCAAAGUCACCAAGUACUGGGCCUCUUUGCGUAACCUAGUCGUCUCUCUGCUCAACUCCAUGAAGUCCAUCAUCAGCUUGCUCUUCCUGCUUUUCCUCUUCAUAGUAGUCUUUGCUCUGCUGGGCAUGCAGCUCUUCGGAGGACAGUUUAAUUUCGAAAAUGGCACUCCUCCGACCAACUUCGAUACCUUUCCCGCAGCAAUAAUGACAGUAUUUCAGAUCCUGACCGGCGAGGACUGGAACAUGGUAAUGUACGAUGGCAUCAAGUCUCAGGGCGGAGUCAACAAGGGCAUGGCCUUCUCUGUCUUCUUCAUUGUGCUCACACUUUUUGGCAACUACACUCUGCUGAAUGUGUUCUUGGCUAUCGCUGUGGACAAUUUAGCCAACGCACAGGAACUUACCAAGGAUGAACAAGAGGAAGAGGAGGCUGCCAGUCAGAAGAUUGCCCUGCAGAAAGCCAAGGAGGUGGCGGAAGUCAGCCCACUGUCUGCUGCUAACCUCUCCAUUGCAGCUAAGGAGCAGCAGAAGAACAACAACAAGGGGAUUAACAAGUCAGUGUGGGAACAACGUACCAAGGAGCUGAGGAGGCAGACUCUGGUGUCCAGUCGCGAGGCCCUCUAUAACGAGCUGGAUCCUGACGAACGCUGGAAGGUGAACUUCUCACGUCACAUCCGUCCAGACAUGAAGACCCACCUGGAUCGACCGUUGGUGGUUGACCCCCACGAGAACCGCAAUAACAACACCAACAAGACCACUGCAAACAGUUCAGACCUCUGCUUCAGCCAGCAGCAUCCUGCUGAUGAGCUCCAAAGACAAACACGCCUCCACGAACACGGUGGCCAAGUAGGUGGGGGUGGUGGAGGCGGCUCAGGUCCAGUCAGGGCUCCCUUGGAGAGGGGUGAGUCCACAGAGAGCAGACGGAGUCGUAAAGGCGAGCACCACCACUCCACCUCUCAUGUCCGAUUGGAUGCUACAGUGAUUCCUGGGCCAGGCUCGGAGGAGAGGCCUUCCAGGCGCCAUCAUCACACCCGGAGUGGCAGUCGAGGGGGAGGGCAGUCAGAACACAGGAAGCCGAGGUCACAUCGAAAAAGUGCCGACGAUGGCGAGGAUGGCGGGGGAGGAGCUGGAAAAACAGGGAGACAUAAGAACAAAGGGGUUGACAGAGGUGGAGAAGGAGGAGAGCAGGAGGGAGCUGGGGAUGCCAAUGAGAGGAGGCCAAGAAGAAAUCGCCAUGGCAACCAAACAGACGGCGAGGGGAAGAAGAUGUGUCAGCACAGAAGGAAGGAUUGCAGUGUCCCUAACCUCUCUACCACACGGCCCAUUCAAAAGAUCCUCUCCAGGCAGGACAGCCAGUACAGUGAGGAUAUGGACAACCUCAUGAAUACCAAACUGGUAUCUGGCUCUACUCCACCCAGCGAGGUUCAUCCUUAUUCAGUUGCCAACCACACUGUAGCCCCUGGCUUUGGAUCUGCCCUCCAUCUUGCCAACAGUGGCACUCAUGGGAGUUUAGUCACGUUAGAUAGCUAUGGGAGCAUCGCCCAUCACCGUACCAACAGUGUCAUUAGGCUGCCCCACCCUGACUACACAGCUGUAGACAUGCCCAUUUUUCCAUCCACCAAUGCCAUACUGCAGGUCAAUAAAAAUGCCAACACAGAGCCUCUGCCAGCCAAGGAGGAUAAGGACGAUGAUGAUGAUGAUGAGAAGAGAAGGGAAGGAGGACCCAGGCCCAUGCCUCCCUACAGCUCCAUGUUUAUUCUGUCCACCACCAACCCGUUUCGGCGGGCGUGUCACUACAUCUGCACCCUGAGUUAUUUUGAGAUGACUAUCCUGCUGGUCAUUGCCAUGAGCAGUAUGGCCCUGGCUGCUGAAGACCCUGUCUGGCCCGAAUCCCCUCGCAACAAUGUCCUACGCUAUUUUGACUAUGUCUUCACAGGAGUAUUCACAUUUGAGAUGCUGAUAAAGAUGGUGGAUCUGGGCCUGGUCUUGCACCAGGGCUCUUAUUUCCGGGACCUGUGGAACAUCCUUGACUUUAUAGUGGUUAGUGGUGCUCUGGUGGCCUUCGCCUUCACCAGCGGCGGCGGGGGGAGCAGUAAAGGAAAAGACAUCAGCACUAUCAAGUCUCUUAGGGUACUGAGAGUCUUACGACCUCUGAAGACUAUUAAACGUCUUCCCAAACUCAAGGCUGUGUUUGACUGUGUGGUGAACUCUCUGAAGAAUGUGCUCAACAUCCUGAUUGUCUACUUACUCUUCAUGUUCAUCUUUGCUGUGGUGGCUGUGCAGCUUUUCAAGGGACGCUUCUUUUACUGCACUGAUGAAUCCAAAGAGUUUGAGCGCGACUGCAGGGGCGAAUACCUGGUGUAUGAACGUGAUAACGAAGUGAAGGCGCAGAAGCGGGAGUGGAAGAAGUACGAUUUCCACUACGACAACGUGGCUUGGGCCCUACUCACCCUCUUCACUGUGUCUACCGGAGAGGGGUGGCCGCAGGUGCUGAAGCAUUCAGUGGAUGCGACUUAUGAGAACCAGGGCCCGAGCCCGGGGUACCGGAUGGAAAUGUCCAUCUUUUACGUGGUGUACUUCGUGGUCUUCCCCUUCUUCUUCGUCAACAUCUUCGUGGCUCUCAUCAUCAUCACCUUCCAAGAGCAAGGAGACAAGAUGAUGGAGGACUAUAGUUUAGAAAAGAACGAGAGAGCCUGUAUAGACUUUGCCAUCAACGCCAGACCUCUGACACGCCACAUGCCUAAGAACAAGCUAAGCUUUCAAUACCGAAUGUGGGAGUUUGUGGUGUCGCCGCCAUUUGAGUAUACUAUCAUGGCAAUGAUCGCGCUCAAUACAAUCGUACUGAUGAUGAAGUAUGACGGAGCUUCUGAUACCUAUGAAGCCGUGUUAGUCAACCUGAACAUAGUGUUUACCUCCCUCUUCUCCAUGGAGUGUGUACUCAAGAUCAUCGCCUUUGGAGUACUGAAUUAUUUCAAAGAUGCCUGGAAUAUUUUUGACUGUGUGACAGUUUUGGGCAGCAUUACUGACAUCCUGGUUACAGAGCUUGGGAAUAAUUUCAUCAACCUAAGUUUCCUGAGGCUGUUCAGGGCAGCUCGUCUCAUCAAGCUGCUGAGGCAGGGAGAAACCAUCCGCAUCUUGCUCUGGACCUUCGUUCAGUCCUUCAAGGCACUGCCUUAUGUCUGCCUUCUUAUUGCCAUGCUGUUCUUCAUUUACGCGAUCAUUGGGAUGCAGCUGUUUGGGAAUAUCGCUAUUGAAGAAGAAGGAGAGAGCGCCAUCAACCAGCACAACAACUUCAGGACCUUUGUACAGGCUCUCAUGCUGCUCUUCAGGAGUGCAACAGGAGAGGCGUGGCACGAGAUCAUGCUGUCGUGUCUGGGGAGCAAGGAGUGUGACCCCCUGGCAGGGAAUCCAGAACCAGAGUGUGGGAGCCAGUUUGCUUACUUGUACUUUGUCUCCUUCAUCUUCUUCUGUUCAUUCUUGAUGCUGAAUCUGUUUGUAGCCGUCAUCAUGGACAACUUUGAGUACCUGACGAGAGAUUCAUCCAUACUGGGACCUCACCACCUGGAUGAGUAUGUCAGGAUAUGGGCCGAGUAUGAUCCUGCUGCCUGCGGCCGCAUUCAUUAUAAGGACAUGUACAGUUUAUUACGGGUUAUCGACCCGCCUCUCGGCUUAGGCAAGAAAUGCCCCCAUAGGGUGGCCUGCAAGAGACUGCUCCGUAUGGAUCUGCCUGUGGCCGAUGACAACACGGUCCACUUCAACUCCACUCUCAUGGCCUUGAUCCGCACAGCACUGGACAUCAAGAUUGCCAAGGGUGGUGUUGACAAGCACCAAAUGGAUGCAGAGCUGAGGAAAGAGAUGAUGGCAAUCUGGCCCAACCUCUCCCAAAAGACUCUGGAUUUGCUGGUUACGCCACACAAGUCAGCCACAGACCUGACAGUGGGGAAAAUCUAUGCUGCUAUGAUGAUCAUGGAGUACUACCGGCAGAGCAAGAUCAAGCGCUCGCAGGCUCUUCGGGAUGAGCAGAAUCGAACGCCAUUACUGUUUCAGCGCGUGGAGCCACCUUCCCCCACCCAGGAUGGGGGUCCGGGACAUAACAACGCCCUCCCUCCACCUGAGACAACAGAGACUGUCAACGGCCUGCCGGUGGAGGGGGGGGUCCCGGAGAGCCAUUCAUGGGUGACGGCUCGUGCUCAGGAGAUGUCCCAGAAAGUCGGCAGCUGGAGCCCUGAGGGACACCCUGAGGAUGGCCUGGGAAGCAUGACCAACUCUCAGACGGUAGAGAUGAGAGAGAUGGGGCAGGAUGGUUACUCGGAUACUGAGCACUUUCCGCCAAUGGAAGGCCAUGGCAGGGCCGCUUCCAUGCCCCGCCUCCCAGGCGACAACCAACAGCGGAGGAAAGGGAGACAACGUGGCAGUAACCUCAGUACCAUCAAUGACAGCAGUCCAAUGAAACGUUCGGCUUCGUCGCUGGGCCACAGCAGGUCUGGGCGGGGCCACAGAGACAAAGGAGGAGCAGACGACUACAACAUGGAGUGUGUACCUGAGGAGGGGAGGACUUCCAGACAUGGACACCGGCGAAAAGACCGGAGUCAUCGGGCUUCUGAGAGGUCCCUCUGUCGCUACACGGAGGCUGACACAGGCCUCGGCACAGACCUGAGCACUACCACCCAGUCAGGGGACCUCACGGCCAAAGACAAGGAUCGUGACAGAGAUCGCGGCCGGUCCAAGGACCGUAAGCACCACCACCAUCACCACCACCACCAUGGCUCUGUGGACAAGGAGCGCUAUGUAGCAGAACGAGGGGGAGAGUUCGGACACAGGCACUCCCGCGACAGAGAGCAUGACCGGGAGAGGGAGAGAGAAAAAGACCGACGCUGGUCACGAUCGCCCAGCGAGGGCCGCGAGGGCCGCGAGGGCCGUGAGUGCAUGACGCACAGACAGGGCAGUAGUUCGGUCAGCGGAAGUCCGGUCCCCUCAACCUCGGGGACCAGUACGCCACGUCGAGGCCGUCGACAGUUGCCUCAGACCCCCGCAACACCCCGGCCCCAUGUAACCUACUCCCCUGUGGUCCGUAAGGCCAUGCCCACACCACCUGGGGGCCCACAGGGCCGACCCCCAGCCCCUGCCCCCCGUCACUUUUCUCCUGAGCCUCCCCAAGGCCAGGGCCCUCCCCCUGCUGGCCUCCCACUAGCCCACCAUGGCACAACCCGCCAGGGUCAUCAUCCCCCACCUCGCUGGGGAGACUCAGGUGGAGGAGGUGGCUCCAUGGAAGGGGAUGGCUGCUUCUACAACCAGGACUACCAAGACUAUGAGCCCCACCAUGAACCACCUGCCUAUGAGCAGAACCCCAUGCAGGGUAGCAGCCCCCACCCCCAUGCCGUGGCCAACCACCCAUUGCCGCCUCCCCCACAGCCACAGCCACAUAACCCCCACCCCCCUCCCCAGCCACACCCUGUAAACAAUCCCCACCCUCAUCCACCGCCCCACCCACAGCCCAGUCGCACCUCACCUAGGACUGCCGGCCAUGCGCCCCCUCCGACCACCGCCCUAACUGGGCCUGUACAGGGCCAGAUGCAGCCUGCUGCCCAGCGCCGCCUACCCAAUGGUUACCGCUCUUCAUCCCCUUCCACACAUCUCCAUGGACCCCAACAUACUGGGCCCCACAAGGUCCCUCCUCCAGCUGGGCAUCCUAGAGGUCCCCGCAAGGGCCUGCAUGAACCCUACAGCGAGACGGAGGACGACGACUGGUGCUAGCCUCCGGGGAUGGGGGAGGGGCGUAAGGAGCAAAAACAAUUGAUAGAUGGACCGAAAGAUGGGAAGCUCUAAGCCAGUGCUCUGACUGCCAGGGGAAACCAUGAUUCUUUCUUACUUGCCUGUUCAAUUUUUUUUCUCUCCUCUACUGCUUGGCAUGUCCCAUUGAUGGUGGUCUAGAUGAAGGGGUAGGUGUCAGGAUGGAGGGGUGGAACAAGAAUGCUGAUGCAGGAUCUGGAGAAACAAGUGGUGAAAGGGGAAACCAUGCACCUCCAUGUUCUGCUUGCAUUAUUGUUGCAUUCAUAUCUUGAUGCCAAAUAAGACCAACCUCAAACUGCAGUUUUUAAGGAUGCAAGCAGGAGGGGUAAUGGACACUAGUCUUUGUGUGUCUUAAAUUAUGCCUCUGGCAACGAGCUACAGCCACUUACAAGAUGUCAAGAUUUGCGACUCGACAAAAGACACUUUACAGUCAGAGACAAAAGAACGACCACUGUUUUGUUUUUGCUUAUCAAAGCUAACUUCAGUUAAGUUAGGAAUCCAAUCCAAUCCUCCCAGCCACCAGUUGAAUAUUGAUGAGUUUUAUCAUCUGUGUUUUUAAAUAAGAACAAAACUGACAAUGAGCCCUCCACCUGUAUGAGGUGAGGAGGCUAAGUGGGUGGGAGAGUUGGGGAGCGCUGCACGGGGUUGACAAGUCCCUUGGUCAAAAUCUAGAGGACAGGAUGGGUGUGUUGGUGUUGUUUAGCGUUGUCCCUGGAGAACACCCUCCUCGCAGAAUCAAACUGUUUAACUAACCUCAACCCAUGACCUAUGAGAGAAGAAAAAGAAAAACGUGGAGAUGGGUUUCAGAUACAAAAAAACAAAAACAAACCAAUAACUGUUUUCUGCAGUAUUUCUUCUUCUAUUCCUGCUUCUUCUUCCUCCUUCUCUUCUACUUCUUCAAAACAUUGAAGCUUGAAUCUUCUGUUGCACCCAAACACAGCUUCGUUUUUUAGACUUGCGGAGUUGUACACCCUGUGGAAUCCUGCAUGAAUGAUAAAAAAAAAUAAUAAUAGCAACAAUGAGAAUCAACUGUAUGUGGGGGGAAAUUUUACUUGGUCCUUCCUGUUGUGGUCUGCAGGGCUUCUCUCUUUUUUUAGUAAAAAAAAAUGCCUUUCUGUUUCUCUCUCUCCUCUGUAUGACAUUCUUCUCUCUGUACCUUCAUUACACUAAAAUCAAGUGAUAGAGGGCUAUGGGGAGACUGCUGUAUAAAUAUCUAGAAGGAACGAAAUGAUUACUUUUUGCUUGCUUGUCUGUAUGUUCUGUGCCAGAUGCCUGCCACUGACACACCUGGAAUUGCACAUAUUUUAUUGUGGAAGUAACUUUUUGUAACUAAGGGGAUAAAGCGAUAUGCCGGGAAGCAGGGUAAAGUGGAUAAAAGAUGUGAUGUCCAUAUUGGUGAACAAGUCAGACAAAUCAGUAACAUCUCAAAGUCUUCCAGGGUUUUGGGUUAAAACAGAGACAUCAGAGGGAAAGAGACCAAUAGAAAGGCGGAGAAAGGAGAGAGACUCUUCAUCUUUGUUUUGUAUGGUUAUUGACUGUAAUGAUGGAUAAACAGAUAUUAUAAUAUUAACUAUAAAUGAUGAUCAUGAUGAUCGUGAUAAUGAGACAGAUUCUGCAUAUUUGGUCUGUAUAUUCUGUUCUGUAUGUUUGUUUUAUUUUGAGCACAGCUUAUCAUUUUUCCAACCCUGAGGUGGAGCUCUAACCCACAGUUGCAUUGUGGGAGAAUGAGUCUGCAGCAGGGCAAACAUGAGACAGAGAUUACCCAAAGCAGUCAGUAGGUCUGUCUUUUUUGUCACUCUUUUUCAAAGACUAUAUAGAGUUUAGACAGCGGGGUGAAUUUGAUUGUGAGCCCCAUUUUAAAAAUGUGUCAAACACAGCAGUUCCCGACAGGUUUCUGCAUUGGAACGGGUGAGUCUUCUCACCUGCAGAUGCUGAAGCAGAGUUCCACCACCGCUUUGUGAUCGUCUGGUGGCGCUGUACGACAAACAGUGUCCUUCUAGUUUUUGUACCUCCUUUUACUGCACUUCUGAUUCAGAGUUCUACACUGUCAGCGCACCAAGAAUACAGUUUAGCUCAUUCCCUCACUUGUAGACCAUCUCGUGUGUGUUCACCACGUGUUAACACAGGCGACUGAAUUGCACAGUUCAGAAAGGUUGGAGAAAAGAUGUCUGGGCCUCGUCAAGGUCCUGGAAAACAUCUGUGUUCUGUGUGUAUCACUCCUGUAAAUCUUUAAUUUAUUUCUGUGUUUCUCUGUGUGCCUCAAACUAACACUUGUCACUAAUGCGCACCACUGUCAGCCCCAACAUAAUUAUUAUUUUUAUUUAUUUAACCUAUACAUUUUUUUUUAACCUGGAGGCCUAUCACAUGUUGACCAGAGAAUGCACUGAAAAAAAAGAAAAGACAAAAAACUGCCUAUUAGUGUCUUUCCAACCUCAGUGGAAUGUCACAGACAAGUAUUUUUUCACAUCACUACAUGUAAAAUCAGAAAGCACACUAUGUAUGUAGCUCCUGGUUACAGUGUGUGUGUAAGUGUUUUUUUUGUGUGUGUAUGUACAUGAAUGAGUGUGUUUCAGAUCAAUUUUUGGUGUUUUAUUUUUGUGCUUGCUUUGCUUUCUAUUCUUUUGUCUCCAGAAACCCUUUUGAAAUCUUAAAAUCAUUGUAACAAUCUUCAACUCUGUGUGUGGUGUGGUGUGUGGUGUUGUGUGUGUUGUGUGUGUGUUGUGUGUGUGUGUGUGUGUGUGUGUGUGUGGUGUGUGUGUGUGUGUGUGUGUGUGUGUUGUGUGUGUGUGUGUGUGUGUUGUGAUGUAAGUGACCCCCUGAAUAAAGCCCCAAACAUUCACCAUCCAUCUUUGUGUCUAUGCUGCAGUGAAAUCCACUAACACCUGAUUACCCACACAAAGUCUACAAAAAGCAAUGUAAGCCGCUACUGAGAAGAAGAAAAAAAGUUUUUAAGUACAAAAGAUUUUAAAAAAGGAAAAAAUAUCUAGUUCCAGAAAUGCAUGUGCUAUGUGCAUGCCACACCGUGGGUUAACAGUCAUCUUCAGGACAUAAAAGAAAAAGCAGAUUAAUGAAUUCAGAGGAAUUAAAAAAAAAAAAGAUAUAUAAAUAGAUAGAUGUUUUUAAAAAGCAACGUUUCCUUUUUUCCUUCUAUUUUUGAGAACAAAAAAGGUUAAAAAUUAUACAAAAAAAAAAAAAAAUGUCUACAGAAUGAAAACACAAAAGAGACUUUGGUGAGAGUUUUCUUCUGUUACAUGGGGUUGAGGCACAACACAACCAUGUUCAGGACACCACAAAAAAAGAACUGUUUUUAAAAAAAAAUAUAUACAAAGAAAAGAAAGUACAGUUCAUAAGAUGGUGUAUUCUCCCUUCUACUUUUUGUGGAGGUUAGGAGGGUGCAGGAGGUAGCCAAGUCUGAUGAUGUACUGUAUUAAAACUGGCUGUGGAACCUUUGAUCUCUCACUCACUCCCUCUUUUUUCUCUCUCUCUUACUCUGUCUCUCUCACACUCUUAUCUGUCGCACUCUCAAACUGUCUCACCGCUAUUUCUACCAGUGCAUUUUGUAAUUCCAAACAGAACUCUUCCUAAAGAAUAAAAUCCAGAGAGAAUGCA